UUCUGAACGAGAGAAAAAGUGAACGAGAAGACUGGGAGUAAAAUCCACCCCUUUGAUUUCUCUUCACUGCUACUCUCCUCCUCUUUCCCUCCCACUAAGGUAUUCUGUCUGAAGCCACCCCCCUUUCUCUCUCGCUCCAUCUCGAUCUGUCCUGUAUUUAUUUCCUUCACUCUCUCCUGCACAUGCACAUACUAUUAAACACCACUGUUCUUUUUUUCCCUAGCUCGUCUCUCAUUUGGUCUUCUUUUAACGCACUGCUUUAAGAGCAUCUAGUAUUUCUGUUUCUCCCAACGGGUGGAGAAAACGGCUUAAUGCGUCUCUCUCUCAGCUGUGUCACACACACUGAGAUAGCCUGUUUCUCAUUGAGAGGCCCUUUUUUUUACUUGUAACACAGAAGUCUUGCUCUCUUUUUACGGUGCAGGUUUCCCUCCCCCUUCCCUCUUCUCUACACUUAUCCGUAAAGAAAGGAAGGAAGCGGAAGAGAGUGGUGUCUGUGAGGAGGAAUGAUGAAAAGGCAGAGAGAGAGGGAGAGAAGGAAGGAGGGGGUAAACGAAGAGAGCAGGACCGAGGAGAGUGGACUGGCAGAAACGUGAAAUGCGAGAGGGAGAAGAGUAAAGUAGGAGAGGAACCUGUAAGAGGAGAAACGAGGGAUGGCUGACCUGGAAGUGGGCAAAAUCGGGGGAAAGGAAGCCACCGUUCUUUUCCAACACUUGCUGAAGCAGGGAGGCAUCACCUGAGAUCUGCUCUGGUCCUCCUCGGUGACAUCAGGUGUUCACUCCUCAUGCGACAUACAGUAUACAGCUCAAAGCAGACCAGCUGGUCAGAGAUCAGGUUUCAUCCAAACACCUGGACAUUUGGGGGAAAUUGGAUUACCUCCCCAUAUUGUUGCUGAAGAGGCUAUGACGUGAUGCUGAAUAAUAUCUUGAUGGCUGAAAUUAUGCCUAUAGUGGAGGAAUUUGAUGAGCAGACAAAUAACGAUACAGUUUAUGAGUUCAGGUUACUGGCAGCAGCAAACAAUUUCAUUGAAGCAGCCUCAAGGCUGCCCAGAGCUUCUGGAUGUUUCCCCCCUUGCGGUUUCCAGGCGCAAGGUGCUGUUUAUAACUGCAUGACCUGUCAGUACGACUCCUGUGAAUUCCCGCUGGAUUGCCCCGUGAAGGAAAUCACUGUACAAGAGAACAACAUGACUCAGAUGUGGUGUAAGGUCCCUUUCCCGCUGCCCACGGGUGCAGAGAUUAUCUGGAGACAUGCAAUAGAGAUGACAAUGUUGAUGGAUCGGUUUCAUGAGGUCACGGUUGGAGUGGAUCCACUUUACUUUAUCUCCUCUGCCCGACCAGAGCACUCAGGCACCUACCAGUGUGAAAUAUUCUCUCAGGAGCACUCUCUCGUCCGUAUCUACUACUACCUCACAGUGGUCCCUCUGGAACAGUUAGGCCAUGCAGAACUACAGGAUGUAUUUGAACAGGCUCUCCUACCAGGAGGCCAGUUCCCUCCCUUGUCCCCUAAGGAUCCAUUCCCCUUGUGGGUGCCCAGGCCCGCCAUUCUAACCACCUGUCUGACUGCAAUGUUUCUGCUGGUCUUCCUUACGCUUGGGGUGCUGUAUUGGUUAUCCAAUCAGAUCAGGACCAUUCAUUCGGAUCCAGCCCAAGAAACUAAAUCUACACAAAAUAAAUAUGUGAUUCACUGUUAAACAUGAGAAAAACAAUAAGGCAAUUCCCAAAUGAUUUAGGACUAAAUUAUUCGAGAACAACAUACUUUAAAUAUUAUAUAGAAGUGCGUUUUUGAAAAUGGCUGGGUGAACAUAGGAGAGGCAGUGAAUCUGAGCAUAUGAGUGAGGCUGUACCACUACCUCGUGUUAUAAAGCCUACUUUAUGCUACUAAAUAUAUCCAGACGUGACUCAAGGCGUUACUCCUUUUAAUCUUUACUCAGUGUUUUGCUGCUGUUGUCCCAACAACCAAUUAAGUCAAAACUGGGCGAGGGGAAUAUUUCAUUGUACAGCACUACAAUUUUCCAUAAUGUUUGUUAGGACAAUGUGUAUUUUAGAGCUGCACAUUUUAUUACAAUGUCUGGGUUUUAUUGCAGUUCUUAAGAUUUAAAUUCCCAUAAAUUCCGAAUAUAUUUAAAUAAGUCAUCCCUUAAA